AUGCAGAGUUGGCCCAAUAGGUUUCUUUCCAGGGCUAGUAGGGAGGUACUUCUGAAGAAUGUUAUCCAAGCUAUACCAUUGCAUGCCAUGCGCCUGUUCUUAUUGCCUAAGGAGUUGACAAGGGAGAUUGAGAGGAUCAUGAACUCCUUUUGGUGGAGAGGAGAUUGCAGAGGAAAGAGAGGUAUCAACUGGAAAGAAUGGAAGCAUUUGGCUAAACCAAGACAGUGGAGAGGCCUAAAUUUUAGGAAACUUAGAGAGUUUAAUCUUCCUAUGGAUAUCAUUCGACAACAUAGCAGAUGGAGGAUAGGAAAUGCUACAUCGGUUAAAAUCUGGGGCGACAAAUGGCUUCCAAGUCCGGACAACCCCAAGAUUAUAACUCCACAUUUCCCCCUUCUCCAGAAUGAGUCAGUUUCUGCUCUAUUUAAGGUGGAUAAUACUGGUUGGCAUGAGGAGGUUAUACGAGAGAUCUUUUAUGAAAGAGAUGCAAAUCUUAUUCUUAGCAUUCCAUUGGCUCUUGGUACAAGAAGGGAUAAAUUAAUUUGGAACAGCGAUAGCAAAGGGACAUUUAUUGUCAAGGCUUGUUAUAGGAAUAUUUCUGCUCAGCUAUCCCCUGCUCAAAGGUUGAACUAG